UCAUUCCAAAAAUGGCGGCGGUUUGUGGUAGUGUGAAGUGAAACUUUCCAAAUAUUGCUGAUAAAACAUAGCUAUUCUUUAAUCCAUUUUGAGGAUUAUCGUCGAACAGAUUUUGAAGAAAUUAUUGUUGGACUGCUGUACCCGACGCCAAGCAACACGAUCGAAUGACGUCGUUUUUUUGAGGAUUUGGAGAUCGCGAACGCGGUCCUGGCAAAUCAAUGGACAAGCUUCAGGACCUCAGCCAAUCCGAGUUGGAGGAUUUGCUGGACAAUACAGAGCGGGUGGAGUCCAUGGCAUUGGAAUCUGAUGAGAUUCAGAACAUCCAGCUGGAGAGGGAGAUGGCACUGGCCUCCAACCGUAACCUGGCAGAACAGAACCUGGACAUGAAGCCUCGCCUGGAGAGACAAAGAGAACAUCUAGUGGAGAGAUACUCUGAACUGGAGGGAGUCAGAGAGACCUACAGACAACACUGUGACCAGAAAGGUAAGGGAUGGAGGGAGUCAGAGACCUACAGACAACACUGUGACCAGAAAGAUGGCAUCAUGGGGCAGGCAUCGCCGGAAGGGUUGUUCUCCAAACUUCAGACAGAGGGCGCCAGCACGGAGACGGAGUCAGAGUCUCUGGCAGAUGAGUUUCUGGAUGGCCAGCUGUCUCUGGACUCGUUCCUUGACCGUUUCCUCUCCCUCCGCUCCCUCGCUCACAAAAGACGAGUACGGAUAGAGAAGUUGCAGGAAAUCCUGCGCCAGAAGAAGGAGACCGCCGCGGGCGAUGCCUCCACUGGCUCCAUGACGUCACAAACGAGCGCCAAUCAAGACCCAGCGACGACACAGUCAUCGCCAUGGAAUCAUCAUCCUCAGCAACAACAACCGCAGCAGAAUUCCAAUCCCAACAACCACGCUAGUUUCCAAAACGGCCCCGGUUCCGCCCUACCUUACCCCGUCUCCCAUCCUAACCCGACAGCUACCUCUGCAGUAUCAGGCCCAGGCCCGUCCAUUCCCCCAGGUCAAUUUCCUCCCUACCCCAGCCCCGGCUCACCUUUCACCUCAGCGGUGGGCUACUCAGCCCGUCCUGCUUUUGGGCCUCCGGCCACUGCCUGCCCAUACCCCACCCAGCCUACGUUCCCUGGUGUCCCCGGCUCAGGGUCUGCGUUCGGGCAAUACAGUGCCCCCAACACCGCCCCCUACCCCUCUGCGUACACCUACGGUGGGGUUGGGGGGUAUGGCUACCCCACGGGCCCUGCUCUGCCCAACUCUCAGUCCCCCACAGGCAGGCCACAGUACAGGCCCGGGUUUGGAGUGCCACAGCCCUACUCCUGAACCUCCCUCUGCUCUCACCCAGUCACUCCUCUCCCACCACACAUUCUCCAGUCUCUCUCUCAUUCACUCUUUUUUUCUGACUCUUUACCUCUCUCUCGAUCUGCCUCUCUCGAUCUGCCUCUUCUCCUCCCCCUCCCCUCCUGUCAUUCAAGUGCAUAACUGUCUCAGGACCUCCCCUUGUUCUCCAAUAUGUUAGAAACACUCUCUCUCUUUCCCUCUUCCUAUUGGCUGUCAGCCUUUUUACUCUUCUCCCUCCCUUUGUGGAAUACUGAGCCAAUCAACAAGACCUUGGCCAUGUACGUUUCAGAUAGAAAUGGAGCUGACGUGACUCUUUAUUCGACAUGUUGGGGCGGCAGGGUAGCCUAGUGGUUAGAGCGUUGGACUAGUAACCGAAAGGUUGCACGUUCAAAUCCCCGAGCUGACAAGGUACAAAUCUGUCGUUCUGCCCCUGAACAGGCAGUUAACCCACUGUUCCUAGGCCGUCAUUGAAAAUAAGAAUUUGUUCUUAACUGACUUGCCUAGUUAAAUAAAGGUUUAAAAAAAAAAUGUCAUAAAAUAUAUUUACACAUCAUGUGAUCCUUAUCAAUGGUUUCACCCUGUAGCACAAGUCCCUUGUGGCACUGUGUUCGGUAUAUGCAUUAGAGUACAUUUGACUUGUUCUAACACCCAUAUCAUUCUACACCGAUGUCAGAUUACAUGUGUUGAUCAUAUUCGUUCGUAUAUGAUGAUAACUUAAUACCCACCCGAACCAAAACGUUUUCCAUGUGCAGUUUUGUUCACGAAUUCUGUUCUGUAAACUCUUUCUUGCUCUUUGUUCUGGUUAGAAAGUACUUAAGACAAUACUAAAGAAGGAAAAUCCUAUGAAGUCAUAGCUACUCUAGGAUCUGACCAUGUAAUUGUAUUCAUUGUGAUCUAAAAGGCUAAACUGAUCCAAUAUCAGCACUCUUACUCUGAGAGGCUUUAUGAAUGCGGGCCCUGAUCAGUGGUCGUUUUGGAGACUUCAAUAACCCUGUCUUCUUUCUUAUUCACCUGGCUGUGCAUGUAUGAUGUUUGUUUCUUAGCCAAAUCUGGACAUCUUUACAGGUGUAGGAUUUUAAUUUGACCAGUUUUUCACAGCAGGAAAAUAAUCCUGUAGCAAAAGGACGUGAAUUAUUGUGUGGAUUAUAAUUUAUGGAGUUUUUUUUAGGGGUUGAUAAUUAAAAAAAGAUAUAAAAAAAUGUCAGGGUGAAUCAAGUCUGAAAUUACAAACUUUAAAAUACUUUAUUCAACCUUGAAUACACUACAAGUUUGCAUUUUCUGCUGUGCAGGGUGAUCAAAUUAAGAUCCAACAUUUGUAUGUCCUACAAGUUUAGCUUCCAAGUCUUUUCUUUCUUGGCAGAAUGUUUUGGUUGGUUGUUUAGGUAUUGUGAUGCCUAUUGACAAUGAUGUCGUUGUUUACAGAAUCAUAUCUGUAUUCUCUGUCGAGGAUCAUGCCUGUUUCUCUGGUAUCUCCGUUUUCUCUCCCUCCCACACGCUUUAACUUCACACUCCGUUUCGUCCCCCGUCCCCGAGGGCUCACUUGGCGUUAAACUCACCUCUCGUCUUUCUCUCCUUCCCUCUCAACUCACUCUUUAUUUCACCCUCUCUCUCCUUCUCCAAAAUCUGCCUGUUGACAUGAACUGAUGCUUGACAAUGAUUGCAAUGAGGGAAUUGUUUAUUUCUGUAAAUUCACUUCCAGUGAGAAUGUGAUUUGUAUAAAUGAUUAAAGAGAUGUUAUUGAUAACAAGGGACUAAUGGUCUGCGCCCAAAAUGGAACCCUAUUCCCUUAGGGCUCUGGUCAAAAGUAGGGCACUAUAUAGGGGAAGUGGGUGCCAUUUUGGACUGAUCUGCCUGCUUUAGCUCAGAAAGCACAGGAUGAGAGAGCUGUGACAGGGGUACUACAAAGAUUAAUACCGCCUCCAUGACGGCUCAUACAGCAUUCAUAGACACUUAUGUCAUCUUAGUCAUGAGCUCUUCAACCCUAAUCAGUGGUCUUAAACGGAGUGUUACUACAUUGGUUGCCAUCAUGCUCUAUGAAGGCGUUAUGUAGCGCCUAUGUAGGGCCUCUUCAUCAGGUUAACUGGUUGGAAUGACUGGUCUACGACCAGGGGGCAGUGUCUUACUGGUAUUAUCACACUACUACUGUUCCAAAUAGCACCCUACCCCCUACAGAAUGGACUACUUUUGACCAGAGCCCUAUGGGCAGGGAAUAGGGUUCCGUUUGGGACGUGACUAAAGGAAGAAAAGAUGAGUCAGAAAUUGUGUUUUAGAAGCCCAACGGAGAGACGCAGCAUUAAUAAGGGGGAAAUAAAAAUACAAGCUUGGAGCUUGUUUUAAGUUUCUUUAUUUUUUUGUGAAUAUUAUUAAACACUGAACUUGA